CUCCAACAAUCCCAGUCAUGACUGCACCGCAAGAAGCUACUCUUUUCACUAACGGUCAAUUUUUCCACGGCGGUACGUCAAAGUCCGAAGCGGAAUUUCAUUCCGCGCUCGUCGUACGAAAUGGCAAGAUUGCCUUCAUUGGCGACUCGGACGCUCCAGAAGUCCAGUCUUACCGGGACGCUGGCGCACAGGUGAAAGAUUUAGACGGGAAACAUGUGUUUCCAGGAUUCAUCGAUGGACAUAUGCAUUUCUUGCUGCUGGGUCAAUCGCUGAACAAAGUCCAAUUGGACGGAAGCAAGGAUCUGACUGAGAUUCGAUCGAGAAUCUCGCAGUAUGCCAAAGAGAAUCCUCACAAAGAGCGCAUUUUGUGUUCUGGAUGGAUGCACAGUAUGACAAGCGGUGAAGCAAAGGCGAGUAUGCUAGACGAUCUGGACCCAAGACCAAUAUACAUCGACUCAAAGGACUUGCAUUCGUGCUGGUGUAAUAGCGUAGCGCUCGAAGAGAUGGGUGUGCAAGAGAUGGAAAACCCGGCCGGUGGAACGAUUGAGCGUGAUGAGCAGGGCAAAGCGUCCGGCUUGCUGAGCGAAGCUUGUGUGUUGCUGAUUGUAUGGCCCUACCUGGCCAAGGUUCUACCGAUGGAGGAUAAGAUGGCUGCUUUAAAGGCUGCAAUCAAUGCAUAUCACAAAGUCGGUUGUACGGGGUGCAUUGAUAUGGCGAUGGAUGAGAAUGCCUGGGAAGCCGUUUUGGCACUCCAAAAGGCUGAGGGCGGGUCACUACCAUUGCGGAUCGCUGCGCAUUGGUGUAUCAUGCCGGGGGAUGGCGAAGAACAUCGAUUGAAACAGGUCGAGCGCGCCAUAGAGCUGAAUCGUCAGUUCAACAACGAGACGAGUCCAGACUUGAGGAUUGUAGGCAUCAAAGUGAUAUGCGAUGGUGUCAUCGAUGCUUGUACUGCAGCCCUCGCAGAACCAUAUACCUCGAAUGGCCACUUCGAAGGUCCUAUAUGGACGCCUGAGAUGCUCAAGCCUGUUGUCAAGAAAGCGUGUGAGGCAGGCGUGCAGUGUGCUCUGCACGCCAUUGGUGAUCAGGCUGUUCACAACGCUAUCAAUGUGCUUGAGCAAUACGGAAAGCCGGGCCAGCGCCAUCGCAUCGAGCACUUGGAGCUAACCGCACCGGAAGAUGCGAAGAGACUGGGCCAGCUCGGCAUCACAGCAAGCAUACAGCCUGUCCACUCGGAUCCCGCCAUUCUCCGCGCCUGGCCGAAGCUGCUGGGGCCUGAACGUUUGAAGCGCGCGUUCGCAUACUCUGAGUUUGCCGAUGAGGGAGCGACUCUGGCUAUUGGAUCAGAUUCGCCUACGGCGCCUCACGCGCCCCUUCCAAACCUCUACGUCGCGACAACGCGUAGGUCAGCGAGACAGCCUGAUGCUGGAGAUGAGCCAGUGAACGGCAACUUCAGGCUGGACUUGGCACAGGCUGUAAGUGCAGCCACAGCCGGCGUUGCGUACUCGUGCUUUGCCGAACAGAGGAUGGGGAGUUUAGAGGUAGGCAAGAUGGCAGAUUUGUGCGUGGUAGAUGCCAAGUGGAAGGGCGAAGAGUUGCUUGGAGCAAAAGUGGCGGAGACUUGGUUUAGUGGACGGAAGGUGUAUGAGGCCUGAGUGAUGGCGGUAUCUGUGUGAGGAAGUGCUCGCUGCCGCUAUAUAAAGAACGAGGCCGGAAGCCUAGUAGAAGGACACAGACGAUAUCUAAAACGCCACGCUUCCGAACUACGUGUUGAGCUAUCGCGAGCCUAUGGGGGCGUCCUUUGAGUGAGGAGAUGGUUGUGAGCUAGCAGAAUGAACGGAGUACAAGCAUGUGGAACGCACCUUUCGCUGCAAUUUCGCCAACAAGUCACCAUUUCUAUUCAGCCAAGAUCAUCCAGACUAUAACUGAUUAUAAGUCUGUCAGCUUCAAAGUCGACACAUUGUUAUUGUCCACUAAUGUCAGGUCGCAUGAUGAGCCAACCACGAUGCGAGGAGG